AUGGUGGUCAGUCCCAGUUUGAACUUCCUGAUCUCGAGGGUCUUUCCCGACCUGACAGAUCAGCAGGGGCGCUUUCCGAGCUGCCACGUGGCAGCGCCGGCCCCGCAACGCGUCCUGUCCGCCCAGGGGCUGCACCCGCGCCUCGCUCCGGGCAAGGAGCGCCGGGCCCGCUGCGAACGCUGCCGCUUCCCGGAAGACGAGCACGACGGGGGUGAUUUUCCCAGCAACGCGGACUCCCCUCCCCGGCCCUCCCCUGCUCUCAGCGGCCCCGCCCGCCUCGGGCCCCGCCCCGGCACGUCCGUGGGCGGGCGGCGCCGCCGCCGCCGCAGUGCCGGUGCCGCGGCCGCCGGAGCUGCGGGAGCCGUCGGCCUCCCGCAAUAUGCCUCCGCUGCCCGCGGGCUGCUCGCCAUGCCGGGCCCCUGCGGGCGCCUCUCCCCGCUCCUCCCGGCGUUGAUGCUGCUGCUGCUGACGGGGCGGCCUCCCCCCGCCGCCGCCGCCGCCCCCCGCCUGCAGCAGCAGCGGGCGGCGCUGCCCGGGGGCGCCCCCGCCGCCGCCUCAGGAUCUGUUUUUACACUAAAAGUUCAAGUCAACGACAUCAUCAGCCAUCAGUACUUGCGCCAAGCGGUGGUAGAAGUAUUUGUCAACUACACCAAGACCAACUCUACCCUGACUGGAAACAAUGGAGCAGUGUUAAUAAGAGUUCCCUACAAACUGGGAUUAAGCCUAACCAUUGUGUCCUACAAGGAUGGCUACAUGCUGACACCUCUGCCUUGGAAGACUGCGAGGAUGCCAAUAUACUCGUCUGUGACACUUUCACUGUUACCACAAAAUCAAGCUAAUAUAUGGCUGUUUGAAGAUACUGUCUUAAUUACUGGAAAACUGUCUGAUGCCAAAUCUCAGCCAAGUGUUCAAUUUCCAAAAUUUUUAAUAAAGCUUCCCACAAAUCACCAUAUUGCAAAUGUUACAGCCUAUCUGACAGUGCCAGCGCAAUUUUUGAAAGUGGACAGCUUUCUCUAUACAACAGGAAUUCUUAUAAAUAAAUCAGGUUUUAAAAGCAUGGAAUUAACUCCUCUUGCUGCCAUAUAUGUAAAUGUUCUUUUGACUGGGAAAGAACUGAAAGUCAACGGUCCCAUUCAGAUAACACUCCCUCUCCCCACAACUGCUGUAAAACCAGGAGAUGCUGUGCCUGCAUGGACAUUUGAUAUGAAAACUGGCGCUUGGGUGAACCGUGGGCUGGGAAUGGUGAAGGAAGCAGAUGGUCAGCUGGUCUGGACAUACACAGCUCAGCACUUGGGCUACUGGAUAGCAGCUCCACUGCCUGGAACCAGAGAAUCCAUUAUUAGUGCAGUGUCCAAGGACAUAACAGCCUAUCACACGGUGUUCCUUACGGCCAUACUGGGAGGCACUGUGGUCAUUAUCAUCGGAUUUUUUGCUGUUCUUCUUUGUUACUGCAGAGAUAAAUGUCAUCGGACACAAAAGAAGGAAAAAAAUACAGCUAGGCUGGAGGUCAUCAAAAGAGACCAGACAACAUCAACAACUCACAUAAAUCACAUCAGUGCUGUCAAAGGCUCUCUGAAGUUGGAGGAUAGCUCACAGCUGUACACACCGAAGAUCUCCUCGUACAGCCCUCCCAGAAGGGCGUCCAUAGACACAGAAGACAGAAAAUCACGGGACAACUUUAAAAUCUACACCGAGGAUGCUGCUUACCAGUCGUCCUGUCAGACUGGUCAGACAAGAAGUUCAGCCCAUUCACUGGAGCCUAAUGCUGGAGUGAGGCAUCUACAGCAGCAGAAACUCAGUGCUAUUUCCCAGGCUCCCAGGGACAUUCCAGAGCAAAACAGAUACCUUUCCAUGAAAGAGGAGAUGUACAGGCUUUCCCACAUCCCAGAACAUCUCAUGCAUAUUUACAAUCAACCUAUUGCUAUCCUCCAGACCCCUGACCUUUUCCACUCCCCAGAACAACUGCAUCCUGCUAAAUCAGCAACGUUGCCGAGGAAAGGGCCGUUGGUGUACGGCCCCAUGGUGGAGCCCAUGGACCGGGACAGUUACAUGCAGACACUGCCGAAAAUGCCGGUGCACUCCCAUCCCCAGCCCUCUGCCUGCAGGGAUGAGAACAGCGCCCUGGACAGCGAGGAGGGCCUGCCUUCCCAAACCUCCAGCUGGGGCCACUACACCAACAGCCUGCUGGAGUCUGUCUCUGUUCCCGGGACACUGAACGAGGCAGUUGUAAUGACUCCGUUUUCGUCUGAACUCCAAGGCAUUUCAGAGCAAACGUUACUGGAGCUCUCCAAAGGAAAGCCAUCUCCGCACCCCCGGGCGUGGUUUGUGUCCUUGGACGGGAAGCCCAUUGCUCAAGUGAGGCAUUCUUUCAUAGAUCUGAAGAAAGGCAGGAAAACAGAGAGCAACGACACCAGUCUGGACUCUGGUGUGGACAUGAAUGAGCAUCAUCCUAGCAGGAAACUGGAGAGAGAGAAAACUUUCAUUAAAAGUAUGCCACAUUCCAAGAUUCUGUACUUGGAAGAUCUGGAUCUGAGCAGCAGUGAAAGUGGGACCACUGUUUGCACUCCGGAGGACCAAGCUGUAAGGCACAUUAUGGAAGGAGGGAAUGGGCCAGUCGUAGAACAGCACGAUGAGGAAGGCCUAAGAAAAGAAUCUGUAUCAGGAAGUCAGGAAUCUGGUAUCCUUUCUGCUAAAAAAAGGGAUAGACCACCUCUCACGAAAAGAGAUAGCAAAACCAAUAUCUGGAAGAAAAGAGAGGAGAGGCCGCUUAUUCCUAUAAAUUAAAACACAAUGUGCUUUGUGGUGUUGCUCUCCCUGCUAGUUGUUGACCUCUUGGCUGCUUCUGUAAUUCUGCAGUGUUGGGUUUACAAGGAAAAUGUUAUUUUCUAGUAUCAAGAAAAGUUUCAUUUUUGUAACGUCCAGACUGAGUUACUGAACUUCGAGUGGGCAAUUGAUAUUCAAUGUGAAUUGAAAACAGGGAAGUGCUACUGUUAAAAUUUUGCCUCUCCUAAUUUUACUGGCAGCAUGGAGAAGGCCCACAUUUUAAUUAGCCUGUCCUUCUUGGGUACACCUCUGGGAAUGCACGGUGAGAAAUGUAGGCACCUUUUUGUACCUGUUGCUAAUGCGUUGGUAGCCCAGUUAAAGCCAUUCCUCAGCCUUGCUCCUAAUCCAUGUGCCCAUCUGUACAGUAUUUUAUAUGUGAACUUUUCUAGGGCUCUGCUAUUACUUCUUUGUAUCAUGUCAUGUGUCCCGCCCAUUGGUCCCACGACACCAGCAGGGGAGCUCCGCUGGAUUUAUUGGCAGAGCCCUGUGGCAUUGCCGCCCUCCCCGUGUGCAAUCCCAAGCAGCAGGGGCAGGAGGAGCGAGUGCAUGAGCUCUGUGGCCGCUGCAGUUCGUGGUCCCCGCGUCCCGAGGUGUU